ACUCUCCACUCGCCCACCUACCCCGCAUCAGAUUGAUGAAUCUAUUGUCUUAAAUAAUCGACUCACCAACCGUUUCGUACUAUUGCAACUCCCCACAACUCUUCUCUUUCUCCGUCCCCAGCUCUCCACAGCCUUUCGAUACCCAACCCCUCGCAGAUCUCUCUCUCUCUCUCCAUAGAUGGGUGGCGACGGCAAGGUCUUUACUCUGGCCGAGGUCGCCGAGCACAACAACGCCAAGGACUGUUGGCUCAUCAUCAGUGACAAGGUAUACAAUGUGACAAACUUUUUGGAGGAUCAUCCCGGUGGUGAUGAGGUUUUGUUGUCUGCAACAGGGAAGGAUGCAACGGAUGAUUUUGAGGAUGUUGGGCACAGUACAAGUGCUAGAGCCAUGAUGGAUGAGUUCUAUGUUGGGGACAUUGAUUCGUCAAGCAUUCCCUCCAAGACAAAGUACACUCCUCCCAAGCAGCCUCACUACAACCAGGACAAGACAUCAGAGUUCAUCAUCAAGCUACUUCAAUUCUUAGUCCCCCUCAUCAUCUUGGGCGUGGCUGUUGGAAUCCGUUUCUAUACGAAAUCGUCUUGAAUUGAGUGUGCUGUGGAAUUUAAAUUCCACCCAUAAUAAGUUCGCGUUAGCAAUCGAAGCUCCAAAAAUCGUAGAUUGUUUGAUUGUCAUGUGGUUUCGGAUUUGAGAUUGUCUUUCUCAUGAAUGGAUUUAUUAAGAUACAUUGGGUCUUGAUGUUCUAGUAUUGAAUGGUGCUGGUAAAAUUUAUACAGACAUGGUUGGUGAGUCCAAA